AUGUCGUCCAGAAGUGGAAAAAAGAAAUUAGUUGCAGCAGCCGCAUUACCUCUGUCCGUCUCAAUUGCUGCUAAUUCUGCAACAUCACAGACACCUACCGCUGGUAUCAAGCUGGUGAUAGGUAAGAAUAGAAUUGUAAGCGUUCCUUCGACAAAAUCUCAACCGAUAGUGGUGCAAAGGCAGUCGCAAGUCGUUGAUGGUCGAAAUGCAGCAUCAUUAAGCCAACCGCAAACCAAUGCAGGCAGUUUAAGGUUUACAGGUUCUAAUAAUGCCGGCGACAAUGCUACACUUUCGUAUAAAACAGUAACCGGAACUCACAAGAUAUGUUUGAACAAAAAUAUUCCGGUAACCUCCAGCGCAGAUAGUCACGGCACAAGUGGCGAGAUGCGUGUAAAAGUUACGGGCGAAGAUGUGAACCGUAACGGUCAAUCUAUACUGGGCGGUGGUGGACAGUUGAAGCAAGUACAGCUGGUCAACAGUGUGCUGGGGAGACGAAUGUCAAUAAAUCGGCGGUUUUCACCUGCUCCUACAACACAGGAACCUGAUAGUAAUAAAGGACAGAAAACUGUUACAUUGUACAACACGACCGUCAGACCGGCAGACGGGCAUAGCUUGUUGAAACAUCAAAUAACAUCAAACGAUGCGAUCAAAUCACCACAACCUGCAUCGACGGUUUCAACGGCAGCAGCAACUUUAUCCACCGUGCCCGUAGUGGCUAGUGCUAGCAAUCUUGUGCCAGUCAGUAGUAGCAAUCCACAGUCUCGGCCAGCAAGUAUUGUUGUAGCUGUGUCUUCCACUUCUAAUGCACAGUUUAACCAAGGCCAAGGCACUGUGUCUUCUAGCGUUAAUCCGGUAAACGGAAAAGAUGAAAGUACAGCGACGUCUGCCCGAAAGUCAGCACCGAUCGAGUCAGUGAAAAAUGUGGCUGAAAAAGUAGCCGUUACAGUUACAGCUACACAAACGAAUCUAAUAAGCGGCGCUGGUAGAGUUGAAUCAGCUGCUACCAUGGCAACAGCCGAAGAAGGGAAUGAUGUACAACAGCAGCCCACGACAGCACCAGUCACGACCAUUGCUAAAGUGUUUGUUGAUGAGCCAACAACCCUCGACGCAGUAGUGUUGGGUGACGAAAUCGCUUCGAAACCAUCGCGCGAGAUGAAAUCGCUGCAAGUAAUGCAGGCAAAGUCGAAAGUUCUGUCCGAGUACAUUACGGAUACCAGCAGCAAAGGUAAAUUGCGCAAACGUUGUUCAGAUAGCAUUGUGGAUGCAGCAGUCGUGGGGACCGUACGUGCGGGCGUAACACCACCACGAGCAAAGUUGUUGACGCCACCACGGAAACGGAAACGAAGGGGAUCAGCGGAUGAUACUCCCGAUAACAGCAAAGAAUUGGCAACCGACGAUAGUCACAAGUUGGAAGAUGUAGUAAACAAACAGCCGGCAACAAGAGUCCGUAAAAUACGCUCCACAAAAUCAGAAUAUAAGCUGCUAAAGCGGGAUCGAAAUGUGGACAGCUUCAGAGGCGGAGCAAAAUUUUUCUUAAGCAGCUUGAAUCUGCAACACGAAACCAAUGAUCAAUCGUUUCCUGGAGAACCACCUAAGCCUGGAUGGGACCGUUUUUGUUGGCGUUGUAAAAUGUGUGAUCCGGACUUGGGAUGUAGUAGUUGUAUACGAAGUUAUCACAAAUAUUGCGUUCGUUACAUAACGGAAGAUCCGAAUUGGAGCUGCACGGAAUGUAAAAUGAUAACCAAUAGAACUAUCGACAUCGAAUCGUUUGUCGAAUGUCUUGGAUAUUCAGUAAAGAUACUAUCAUCGCAUGCUGAUUGGAGACAUUUUUUUCAUCCUAUCAACAAAUCGCUUAUGCCACAUUACGACAAGUACAUAACCCGACAUAUGGAUCUAGUUGUACUGAAUGAAAAAUACGAGCAGAACGCAUACAAGUCUCCGGAAGCGUUUAUGGACGACGUAGGUUGGAUAGUACACAAUAUGUCUAUCUAUCCUGAUAACUUGAACAUACUGAAAAAGGCACGGCUUUUGCAUAAGCGAGCUAAACAAGAAAUGGAUGAAAUGGAUCCAUGUUACGAAUGCUACAAGAAUGACAACACACUAGCAGAAGAUAGGUUCCGGGAGCCGUGUUCGAAGCCGCAUCUAUUAGUGUGGGCUAAGAUGAAGGGGUAUCCCUACUGGCCCGGCAAACUUAUGGCGAUUAAUGCCAACAAUCAGGCAUUUGUACGAUAUUUCGGUACACACGACCGUUCCUGGAUAUCGGUUAAAGAAUGCUACCUGUUUUCCCAGCGCGAUCUUAACCCUCACAAACAAAACCUGAAGAUCAGGUUGGCAUUGUAUGCCAUUAGCGUGGAAGAAGUUACACAUCAUAUUGCCCAGUUGCGCGAACAAUUCACCACGUUCAACUAUGGUUCGUUCAAGGAGGCUGUAGAUCCAUCACGGUUUGAAGAGCACCAACGUACUAUGUUUCCGGGCGCGUUUCUCAAGAAUGUGAAAGUUACGAUAAAAAGAAGUGAAGGGGAAAUGGUUGCCGUUGCUUCUGCUGUCAGUGAUGAAACUGAAUCACAAAUAGCACUGGCUAAAACUAAAACCAGUGAAGAAGAAAUGGAAACAACUCAGGGUCAGACUCCCGUCACUGUAGCACCUGCAACUAAGGCACUAACUGCAAGUCCUCCAAAGCGCAUGACACGUCGUAUGUCACGUUUUAUGAAAGCGACAGAAGAACUAACCAGUUCGCAGACGAAUGCGGAAAGCACGCAGGACUUGGUGGCACCGUCCAAUGCAUCUCUUCGGACAAAGUCGAAUAACGAUAAAUCGGCUGAAAAUAAGCAAACGUCUGAUGUGACGGCUGAAAGUGACAAGGAGGCCACACAUGCUGUUGAUACGGACUGUAAUCCUAAAAAUUUAUCCCUAUUACUUCGACGCGGUUCACAGUCAUGGGAAACAGAGCCUCUUUCCAAGCGUGGAAAGCAUUUAGCCGUGAAAAGCACAGUAGUGAGCGCAGUUCCAAAAGCAAUAACAAUGACAUUAAAAGCAGUUUCAAAGGCAAAAGAGACGCAAGAGACUUUAGUCGAUCCUGAUGCUGAGAAAGUAAAUGUGUCACCAAAUGUGCAGACCGAAAAAUCUGUUUCACUGAUCGUAGAUCCUACUGGAGCGAAAUCAUCAACAACGGAUUCGGAAGUAGAGGAUACGCAAAAAAAGAAGGUUGUAGAGACAAUCGCAGAAAAUUUUAUUCUAGCGCCAAAUGCUCUGAUGGAAAACCCUGUUUUAGCGAGCGUAGCUCUUACAAAAACGAAAGUGACGGUUUCAACGGCUAAUGAGACGGUACAAACAGUAGUCACGGGUGCAAUCGAGCCGGUUGCUGGAAAGAUCACAUGUGUUUCAUCAAACUCUAUGCUUGAAAACAAUCCACCUUCCGUAACGGUAAAUAAAAUGGCAGUUGCAGAUGCUGGGACCCAUAAUGUCCCACUGCAUUCGCCAAAACAUGCUUCAAACGAGGAACAAAUUUCGCAUACUCAUGCUCAUACGACCGUGGUCAAUAGUUCGGUCGUUACGGUUAUGGCAACAAAACUAUCGGUCAAUCCGCUGUUGUCAAAGACUGUUGUUAAUACGUCAUCCUUCUGUACAACAACAGCAACUUCCUUUUCGGAAACCGCUUCGAAAGCAGCCAAUACGACGAGCACAAUUAAUACAACACCUACAUCAUCUAAUGGGAUCUCCAUCAAACAAGAAAUAGUUCCUGACGAUGAAGUAAAUGUUGUAGAAUGUCCAAAAGAUGUACCAGCUGUACAAAGAGGGGAACCAGUCCGUAACGGUAAUUCCACGUCAUCGGUAUCAUCGGAUGUGACCAAGAGACAAGAUAUAGUUCCACCAGUUAGUACGGUUAAUGUGUUAAAGCCUGUGCAGCAAACACCACCGGCAGUGUUGCCUAUUAGUAGCACUACCAUCGCCAUGGUUACAAGUAAUCAGCGGGCUAGAAAGUCGUUUCCGGGUGGUGCAUCCAACGCCACCAAGCAUGCAUCAGCAAAACAAGCUACAUCGUUGGUACACAAUGUUACGCUUCCGGCAUCAAUAGCUGUACCGUUGGCAUCACCAUUGCUACAACAAACAGCUACCGUGUCGAUCCCGAAGGAACUCGUUACUACUUCUCCUGAGGUUUCCUUAAUUCCUUGUACAGAUAAUCGCAAAAGUGUUAGCAAUGAGAUUUCGAACGAUACUGAUGAUGUACUGAUUAUCGAGGAAGAAAUCAGCCCAGUCUCCGUACCAUCCAAAGCUAAGAAAAUCGGUGGGCUGCCUCCGCCACUGUUACCAAGACCACCAGAAACAUCACUGUCCCUACCUUCCGACGAUGACAGUAUGAUGGAAUUAAAUCGCACGAUGCAAUUAUUUGAUGACAGUUCGAACAGGGUCCUCGAUCAUAUCCGCACAGUAAUGGAAGACUUAUUGAAAGAUAUGUCCGGAAACGGAUCAUCGUUGGCGGAGUUGGCUGCACUCAAAUUAAAUCACGAACGGCAACAAGAACUUUGGCUUCGUGAGAAGGAAAAGCAACAGAACGCGUUCGACAGUCGACUGGCAGAGUUGCGCAAUUCGCUCGAGCAAGAAAAACUCCGAGCUCUGAAUGAGCAGCGACAACAGUUACUGCGCGACAAGCAGCGCGCAGUGCAAAGCGCAAAAAUGAAGCAAUGGUGCAAGAAAUGUCUCAGCGAAGCGCACUACUAUUGCUGUUGGAACACUUCGUACUGCAGUAUCGAAUGCCAGAAGAAACAUUGGACGGAGCAUCACAAUGAUUGUACGCAGGAUCAUGCAAAAAGUUCUCGCUCCGUUCACUGUAGUUCACCGGAUACAAAUUCGGUGGUUUCUUCUGAUGGCAAUAGUAGCAGUAACGCCACCAAAGCCCCUAUACGUAAUCGUUCUUGUUUGCAGGUCUCGACUGUUCCCUCAGUUGGUGGUGGUGAUACGAACAAUCUGCUUAGUAAGAGAUCUCCGAGCAAUAGAGUGUUCCCUAGUGAUAUAACUUCCACAAGCACUCCGCUACCAAAUCCUUCGGUACGCUUUAUUCCCGGCACGUUGGCUGGCAGUGUAAGCUACAAAACGCCGGUAAUACAGUCGGUGCACGGACGGGACGGAAUGAUUAUAAAUAUACCGUCACAUUCGCCACAGAAUGGUAGCAAUGUCACCUUAGGUGUAACUACGAACGUGACUACAAGUACACCGCAACAACUGAUGCAGAAAAGAGCGGCUGCACGCGACAAAUCGAACCAACUUACUCAGCAAAAAGCGGACAGUCGCAAGAAGGGAUAUUCACCGCGUAACACGUAUGACAUUACGUCGACACCUUACCAGAGCACAAACAACCUGCUAACAUCGUCUCCCUCAACAAGCAUACCAUCGGCAGCGUCCACCUAUGCCACAGUGAUGCACGCAGAUGCUGUUACUGUUAGCGGUGUGUCACCUAGCGUUUGGAAUCAGAUGGCAAUACUACAAUCGUCCGGUAGUCGUCAGUUGCAUUCUGGCAGUUCAUUCGUAACAGCAGGUGGUGCCUCUGUAGCUGUUGCUUUAGAUGGGACCGAGAAAGGAUAUUUGCCGGUUGAAUUGGGAUUCAGACAAACCCAUCCAACCGUUACUUCGCUUGCGCAGCAUAAAAAAAUGGUACAACAGCAACCGUCAUCACCAUACAUGCGACAUCAACAAUGA